UACGGAAGCAUCGACUCCAAGAUCACAGGAAAACAUGCCAGUAAUGUAAGCACCGGUGACGACAGCGACUUCAACGAUUUGAUGGAGUUCAGUGAUUUCAUUAACUUUGACAACUUUCAAGACGUUAACUUGGAGUUUAGUGUUGACGUUGAUCAUCAAGAAAUAGACCAGACUCCAAACCAAAGCCAAAGUCCAGAAGAAACUCCAGCUGUUAAGGAGAUAAAAUCCCAAUCAACUCAAUCAGUGCUUCAACCUCCAGUUCCUUCUUCAAAACCAACAGAUUCGAAGAGGUUUUCUUACCACCCUGGUACUAAUGAUUCUCCCAUAGUAAUCUCUUCAUCGUCGUCGAUUGAAGAAGACUCGGAAGAACCUAUAAGACCGUUAAACGUGUCUCCCAGAACCCCUGAAAUCACUGUUUCGCAACAGCAGAUCCCAUCGUUGCUUACGCCAAGCCUCAAGGAAAUUGACAUCAACCAGAAGUCUCCUGAACAAGUUCCCGUUCUUAAUGAGAAGAACACCAACGUGAGACCAAUUUCAAUGUCUUUCAAGGGCUUGAAAGGUCCUUCAUUCGGGAAUAAGUUAAGCACCAAGGCCCUUCGCGAGUCUGAGUCUCACCAGUCGUUUAACAUGACAUUCAACGAUGAUGAUUCAGACCUUUCGGGAUCGGCUGUUGGAGGGGGAUUUGGAUCUAGCGAUGAAGAAGAAGAAGAGGAACUUGAUCUCGAUGAGUACAACUACAACCAGUACUAUAAUGACCAGUACGAUUCGGAAGAAGAAGAGUUGGAGAAUCAACAGGAAGAGAAAGAGAAUUUCAGCCAUUUCCAACCUCCACCACCAUUGACACAGAAGCUGAAAAGAAACAAUAUCGGUAGUCCCGAAUCGUUUGCGUCUUCCAACUUGGGCAGAAGUUCCAACUUCACUGCAUCCCCAAGGUCGGUGGUUCCGAAGAAAAAAAGUAACGGAGUCAGAUUCUCAUCAAGAAUCAUCUUGUAUGACACCUACAACGGAGAUGAGUACGAUAGACACCCGGACCUCGCUACAUGUAACCAGUUGACACCAAUGCUUGCGCAAAUGAUCAGAGAGGAAGUCAAUGAAAUCAAGGCCAAUAUGCCUGUUCACGAAUUGUCUCGUUGCAACACCCAUUUUUUUUAACCCACACGCACUAAAUGAACCGUUUUCAAUUCAAAUAUGUAUCUAAUAUAUAAUCGACCGUCUAUUUCGUUUGUACGUUUUUGUCGUUGAUCUGCUUGGCGUACUCUUUGUGGGCAUCUUGAAAGAUCAUAUCCAACAUCAAGGUGUCUUUGGGGUCCACUUUUGCCACUAUUUUGGUUGGUUCUGCCGUCUCCACGAUCACGUAAACGCCGUCCUGCCUGUCGAUACUCGUGGUGCCGGCCCAGGCCGCUUGGUCGUAUUGUAUCAUACCCACCACUGGUGGUUCUCCAUCGAUAUAAUCGGGAUAGGACAUU